AUAGCUGCACAGGGGGAAAAAGAAGGAAGAGAAGAGAGUGUUUGGAUAAGAAAAAUGGAGAAGAUAGAACACACAACAGUAUCCACAAAUGGCAUCAACAUGCACGUAGCAACAAUAGGGACAGGCCCUGAAAUCCUCUUCCUACACGGCUUCCCUGAACUCUGGUACUCUUGGCGACACCAACUGCUUUUUCUUUCCUCCCGUGGUUACCGCUGCAUAGCCCCUGACCUUCGUGGCUAUGGCGACACCGACGCUCCUGAAUCUGUGAAUCAAUACACUGUUUUCCACAUUGUGGGAGACUUGAUCGGCCUCCUUGACUCGCUGGGGAUCCAGCAAGUAUUUUUAGUGGGUCAUGACUGGGGGGCCUUAAUAGCCUGGUCCUUGUGCAUAUUUAGACCUGAUAGAAUCAAGGCCUUGGUAAACACGAGCGUCGCCUUCAUGCCGAGGAACCCACAAGUAAAGCCUCUGGAUGGGUUCAGGUUUAUGUUCGGUGAUGAUUACUAUAUCUGCCGAUUUCAGGAACCUGGAGAGGCCGAAAAAGACUUUGCUCAAGUUAAUACUGCCAAAUUGAUUAAAUCGUUUUUUACAUCUCGCGACCCAAGGCCACCUAUCUUUCCCAAGGAAGUAGGAGUCAGAGCUUUACCAGAUCCCCCAAGCCUGCCCUCUUGGUUAACAGAAGAAGAUGUCAAUUUCUAUGCUGCCAAAUUUAACCAGAAAGGCUUCAGUGGAGGAUUGAAUUAUUAUCGAAAUAUUAACCUGAAUUGGGAGCUCACAGCUGCAUGGACUAGGGUGGAAAUCAAAGUGCCGGUGAAGUUUAUCAUAGGAGAUCUGGAUCUUACCUACCACAUUCCUGGUGUCAAGGAUUAUAUACACAAUGGUGGCUUCAAGAAAGACGUGCCCCUCCUGCAGGACGUGGUUGUAAUGGAAGGAGUGGCUCACUUUCUCAACCAAGAAAAGCCAGAGGAAGUUAGUAAACACAUUUAUGACUUCGUUAAGAAGUUCUGAUCGGAAAGAGAGAAAUUAUUAGUUAAAAAAUAAUCAUUAAUAACACUUUUAUGUGAGGGAGGGAGCACUAUUUUUUAGUACUCCCAGUGCAUCUAAUAAUUAACUCAGAAAUAAUAGCCACGUGUUGUGCGUGUUAGGCCCCAGCUAGGUCAUGUUAACUUGCUCUUCUUCAACUUCAAUUGAAUAAAUGCUCCAUCUAGCCUCUCGGGGUCUAUAAAAUGUCACGGGAAGUUCAUCCUGUCAAUCUUCUUUGAUUUUCAAGGGAAUUUAUUGUCUUU